GCCAAAACCUUCGACCAUUCAUUCUUCCACAACUCUAUCCAUAAUCUCAUCCUCUUGUCAUUUGUUAUUUUUCUAUCCUAACUAAGUGAUCCAGCCUUCUCCUAUCACUCACUCACUCUCUCUACUUCUGCAAAAUACUUCAUAUAUUUUAGGAGGAGUCUUAUUUCUACUCCUUCUCUGCUAGCUUGCAGAGCAUUCUUCCUUGAAAGCUCAUCAUGGCUUCUGCAUUUCUCUCAGUAGCCAAGCCUUCUACUCUUCAGGCAAAUGGAAAGGGACUCGCCGAAUUCUCUGGUCUCCGCAAUUCCUCUGCUUCUUCACUUCCCUUUGCUUCAAGGAAAUCCAACGAGGAUUUUCUCUCCCUAGUUGCCUUCCAGACAUCUGCUGUUGCUGGUGGAAGUGGUUACAGGAGAGGAAUAACAGAAGCAAAGUUAAAGGUUGCAAUCAACGGGUUUGGAAGGAUCGGAAGGAAUUUCUUGAGGUGUUGGCACGGUAGGAAGGACUCCCCCUUGGAUAUCAUCGCCAUCAACGACACAGGCGGUGUCAAGCAAGCUUCUCAUCUUCUCAAGUACGAUUCUACCCUUGGCAUUUUCGAUGCUGAUGUCAAGCCUGUUGGUGACGAUGCUAUCUCCGUUGAUGGCAAGAUCAUCAAGGUAGUCUCCAGCCGUAACCCCCUCGACCUCCCCUGGGGGGAUAUGGAGGUGGAUCUAGUUAUUGAAGGGACAGGAGUGUUUGUGGACAGAGAAGGUGCAGGGAAACACAUACAGGCAGGUGCUAAGAAGGUGUUGAUCACAGCACCUGGUAAAGGUGACAUUCCCACUUACGUUAUUGGUGUCAACCAAGAACUUUACACCCACGCCGAUACAAUCAUCAGCAAUGCUUCUUGCACCACCAACUGCCUUGCUCCUUUCGUUAAGGUCCUUGAACAAAAAUUCGGGAUCAUUAAGGGAACCAUGACCACCACUCACUCCUACACUGGUGACCAAAGGCUUCUGGAUGCUAGUCACCGUGAUCUAAGACGUGCUCGUGCUGCUGCCCUCAACAUUGUGCCAACAUCAACAGGUGCAGCCAAAGCAGUGGCUCUGGUGCUCCCAUCCCUUAAAGGAAAGCUCAACGGGAUAGCACUUCGUGUCCCCACACCAAAUGUAUCCGUGGUGGAUCUAGUGGUGCAGGUCUCCAAGAAAACCUUUGCUGAAGAGGUGAAUGCUGCUUUCAGGGAGAGUGCUGACAAUGAACUUAAGGGUAUUCUAGCCGUGUGCGAUGAGCCUUUAGUGUCGGUUGAUUUCAGGUGCUCAGAUGUGUCAUCCACCGUCGACUCUUCCCUAACCAUGGUUAUGGGUGAUGACAUGGUUAAAGUCAUUGCCUGGUAUGACAAUGAGUGGGGUUACUCACAGAGGGUUGUUGAUCUGGCCGACCUUGUUGCUGACCAGUGGAAGUGAUUUUAGUGAUGAUCAUCAUCAUCUGUCGAUCUCACCAAACCCCUUGUAGCGGCUAAUGAAAUCUGAUUUCUUUCUUUUUUUACCUUUCUUCUAUAUAUUACUACUUGUAGAUUUCCUUUUUUUUUUUCUUUUAUCUUCUUACAUUUAAAAUUGCUAAGAAUGAGAGACGAGAAUCAAAAACUUUUCGGGUUCCUUAAUAUUAAUAUAUAUUGUGUAUGUAUGCAA